CACGGCUUCUGGAGCGAGAAUGCAGGUGUUUUCAUCGCAUCACCUUUCAGUCAGUGCCCGCCUCCCGCACAGGAGGAAUGUGAAAUGCACCUGAACUGGAUCCCGCAUGAGGAAGAAUGACUGACUGGCUAAAAAAGUCACCGACUUGUUCCGUCUCUCAAGUUUAUCUCGCAGGACUGACACUAAAAAACUCCACCGCACGCGCUCUUUUUCACUCCUAGCUAAAACGAAAAACGACCGUUAAAACUUCGACUAGAAAAAUGGACGAGUGCUGUGUAUCAGGCGAGGAGACGGAGAGGCUGAGAAUACACAGAGAAAUAGAGAGGCAACUCCGCCGUGAUAAAAGAGACCUUCACAGAGAACUGAAGCUGCUACUUUUAGGGACUGGUGAGAGCGGGAAGAGCACCUUCAUCAAGCAGAUGAGGAUCAUCCACGGGAAGGGCUACAGCGAAUCCGACAAGAAAGGCUUUAUCCGACUGGUGAACCAAAACAUCAUUACCGCCAUCCAGGCGCUCAUUGACGCCAUGAGGACUCUGAAGAUCGACUACGUUGAUGACCAGAACAUGAGCAAUGCAGACAAAUUAAGUCAACUGGAUAUAACCCAGAUAACACAAGCUUUGGAGGGUUGGCAAGUGGACGCCAUCAGGAGAGUGUGGUCCGACCACGGCGUUCAACAGUGCUACGAACGACGGCGAGAGUACCAGCUAUCAGACUCUGCUAAAUAUUACCUGAGCGACUUGGACAGAAUCUCCAGCCCGCAGUACAUCCCCACUCUGCAAGACAUCUUGAGGGUCAGGGUGGCCACCACGGGGAUCAUCGAAUACCCCUUUGACCUGUCAAAGGUCAUCUUCAGGAUGGUGGAUGUGGGUGGCCAGCGCUCAGAGAGGAAAAAAUGGAUCCACUGUUUUGAGGACGUCACCUCUGUGGUGUUCCUGGCGGCGCUCAGCGAGUACGACCAAGUCCUGUUCGAGAGCAGAGACGACAAUCGACUGAGGGAGAGUCUGGCUCUGUUCGAGACCAUCAUGUCCUACAAGUGGUUUCAGGAGUCCUCCACCAUCCUCUUUCUGAACAAGACAGACCUGUUAGAAGAGAAAAUCACAAAGUCACACUUGGGUGACUAUUUUAGCGAAUUUACUGGAAACAGGGGCGACGCCGACGCGGCCAAAAAGUUCAUCCUGCAGAUGUACGUGAAUCGGCACACCGGGCGCCACAAGCCCCUCUACACACACUACACCUGUGCCACAGACACCGAGAACAUCCGGGUCGUCUUCAAAGCCGUGAAGGACACACUCCUCCGGGAUAACCUUGAGAGGUUCAAUCUUGAGUGAAGGAAUAAAAAAAAAGCUGCUGUCAGCGACCCACUCUGAA